GACCUUCGCGAGGUUGCGAGAUGGUGAGACUCCAGCUCCAUCCCUCCUCCUCCCUCCUCCUCCUUCACGGGUGUAGAACACACCUCAGCCCCAUGCUCUGAGCUGCCCCGCCCCGUCCGACCCCUCACGAACUCAUGGCCACCAUCCAGUCGCGCCCGUUCUCCAAGAACUACAGUGGUCUCAUCAAUCAGUCUGUAAUUGCCGGAUGUAUCUUCGUUCUCUGCAUCACUGCCCAUGAGUGCAUGAAGAGGAAGCGGAGGGGUGUCAACCGCGAUGAGAGAGUUGGUAGUGUCGAGUCCUGGGAAUUUGGAUACCUGUACCAAGGCCGAACAUGGGCAAAGAAUCCUUCUCCCCCGACGCCUCGCGGAUGGCCUCUGGGCUGGGUCAAAGAAGUCACCAAGGUUUCUGAAGACAAGUUCAAUGAGCUGCGGGGGAUUGACGCUACUCUCUAUGUCCGCUUCCUCCGCGGAUGCUGGUGGUACACGCUCAUCCAGUCCUUCACGACCCUUCCCAUCUUGCUGCCCAUCCAUUCCAUAUUCUCCGACGGCACGGUGUCGCCAAAGUCAAUGACCCGCGCCUCCAUCACGUCGCUCGUCAGCACGGCCAAGGGUCAAUCGUUGCUGUGGAUCCAUCUUCUCUUGCUCAUUUGGAUCACCGCGAGCUGGAUCGGCUUCCUCGUAUGGCUCAUGAAGGGCGUCUUCCACUUUCGCGCUCGGAACAUCGUAGCUGCAGGCGAGGAACGCGAGCGUAUCGAUGAGCAGAACCUCAUGGACUACCUCCAUCCUCAUCCGCAGUAUCCUUUCAAAUCCUCUGUCCCCCUUGACACGGAACGACUGAAUCGCGGUGUCCGCCUGAGGACUGUCAUGGUCACGAACAUCCCGCCAGGGCUGCGUACCGAGAAGGACCUCAAAGAGUACUUUGAGUAUUACCUCUCCCGACGCAUUGCAAAGCCGGCGCUGGGCAUCACGAGCACCACCCAGCCAGGCUUCUUCAACAAGUCUGUCUCCUUCCUACUGAACAGAAUGUCGCGUCUGCUCGGUAACUGGCGCGUUCUUCCAGGGUCUCCCAAAAGCGAGCCAGAGGAGCAAGAUCAAAGGGGGUUCGACCAGUUACAGUCGCCUACUGCCACCGGAGACGUCCCAGCCAUCGAACGUGUAGCCGUUGUCCGUAGGAUGACCGAGCUCGCCAACCUACUGAUGCGCCGCGAAGAGUACCUACGUCUACUUGAGACGGCACAUAUCAAGCUCGCAAAGCGGGCACUCGUCGUUGUCAAGACCUCUCUUGAGCAGCAGCAAGCCGGGGCCGCGAAGGGUAAGGGCAUCAAUUCGAUCACGAACGUCGGUGAGCAGUCGGGCAGCGGGGCCGACGGUAGGGGGGAUUCCAAGUACAGGGACCAACUCCUGGUGGAAACGCUCAAACCGUUCGUGAAACCACAACGAGGGCGUAGCCUCUUCACCAGGGAAUCUGUGCAGCCCGACUACCUCCCCACUCUCACCGACUCUCCACAGGAACUCUCCCCCGCGACACCCAUCGCGCCUGAGCGCACCGUCUGGGACGCGCUCCUUAGCCUCCCGCGGAGCACGCUCGAGGCGUACCAGCCGCUCACGCGGCUCUCGACGCUCUAUCGCGGACAGGUCGUGCCCACGAUCGAUUUCUAUACCGCGAAGCUGCAGCUGCUCUCGUCGGUCAUCACGGAGAAGCGCGCGCGCGCGCCGGGCGAGUACGAGCCGAUGUCGACCGCGUUCGUGACGUUCGAGGACCCCGCGGACGCCCGGAGGGCGUGCAAAUACUUGGCGGUGCACCCGCUGAACCCGCUACAGUGCUUCGUGACGAUGGCCCCGUCGUAUGAGGAUUUGGAUUGGAAUAGGCUGAUGAAGCCGACGUUUCAGGUGGAGUUUGUGAAAGACUGGCUUGUCAACAUAGGCGUUUGGGGCUUCACGGUCUUCUGGAUCUUUCCCGUGUCGCUUUUCGUGACGCUCGUGUCGAUUCAGAAUAUCAGUUCCUUCUGGCCUGGCCUGAAAGCUUACUUGGAUAAGCACCCCUGGGAAGAAGAGCUUAUCCAGUCCUUCGUGCCCACCUUGCUCGUGUCACUCCUGGCUCUCUUGAUUCCACUCUUAUUGUUGCUGAUCGCAAAGAAAGCGCACACGAUAGCAACACUGUCAGCGUUGCACGACAGGAUCAUGACGCGGUACUACAAGUUCCUCGUCGUGAACGUGCUCGUUUUCUUCUGCGUCGGCACCGCUGCGGUGCAAUCCUUCCUCGUGUCGUUCAGUGCGACCUCGGGUUUGGAGGUGAUCCAGGUGGUCGCGGACAGUUUUCCGACUGCCGGCCCAUUUUACGUUGGAUGGCUGAUCUUCACAAUGGCUAUGCACGGGGGUUUGGAACUUGCGCUGUGUGAGCUCCCGCUGAUUAUGUAUCCGAACACUCGAAGGCAAGUCACACCGAGGAAACGCGCGGUGGGCAUACGACCGCGAACGUUCAACUACUAUUAUUGGUUACCAAACCACACGUUGGUGCUGCACAUCGUCGUGGUGUUUGCCGUCCUCAAUCCGUUGAUCAUACCGUUCGCGUUUCUGUACUUCUGCGUGGAGUCAGGUGUCAUCAGAAAUCAGCUUCUUCAUGUCUAUGCCAAAAACUACGAGGGGAAUGGCCAAACAUUGUUGAUACGCAUAAUACGGUACUCGUGUGAUGGACUAAUGCUCUCGCAAGUUGUCUUCCUAGCCUAUAUGGUCGUUCUCAAGAAGAAAGCGAAUGUGGGCGUAUCUGCAGUGCUCAUCAUUUUGACGGCCUUCACCAAGGUUAUACUCACGCGGAUCUGUCGGGCGAAGUUUGAGCAAGAUGAUCUCUUGGAAGGCCAGGUUAUGUGCGGUACCGCGGCCGUUCCUGAGGCCGUAUUGGACGCAGCGCAAUCAAAGGACAAAAACGUCACCGUCACCGAGACGUCAACUAUCGCUGAGCCCAAAGCCGACUCGUCGCAUACGUUACCUCCUGCAAUACGCGCUUGGCAGUUCCCGAACAAGAUAGGCAAUGGCUAUGCGACUAUUCCAAGGCGACCGCAGCACAGAGGUGAACGGCAUGGUAAUCCGUUCUCCUCGAUGGAUAGCCGCCCCUCCAUCGACGUGUUACGGCCUGGCUCUCCGACUACGUUUCCUCGCAUGACUGAUGGCGAGGAAUCGUUCGUGGACGUUCUGCCGCAUAUUCCUGAAAACGAUCAAUCACCACGGGAGCCGGCCGUGACGAGACACCCACCGCACCCGAGGUGGAACGACGAGUCUUCCUCCGAUCACCCUUACGACAACCCGUAUUAUGUCAAACCCAUCAAGGACGAACUAUGGCUGCCUGCAGAUCCUGCGGGCCUCCUCAAUCUGGAUGACACCGUCAACAUGCGAGUUUCAUUGACGAACUCGCCUGGAGUGGGGCGACUGGGCGACUGGUACGAAGACGAGUUCAUUGUGACCGGCCUAUCUUCGUUCCUCAGCAGCACGGCAAGCGUGGAUCACCGCAUGGCCUCGUUCGACGGGCGUGCAAGACGCUUGAACGGGACGGAGCAUAUAGAGUUACCCUCCGACAUCGCGAGCCGCGUCGGCAGCCUUGACAUGGAGCGUGAGCUGGAGACCGUGCCCUCAUUGCACCCCCCUUCACGGCGGCGCGACCGACAAUAUAGCCACACGAGCAGCAUGGCUUCGCCUGAAAUGGCGGAACUGGGCUUUCCGAAUGGGGGCCCACCACGCAUGGGCGGCUUGCGGUCGUCCUCGCUCGGACCUGGUAUGCCAGGGUACCAGCGACAUCUCCCGUCUGCCUUCCUCAACGCUGCGAACGCCGAUCGUCGAAUACGCUCAUUCUCCGACCACGAGAUGGCCUUGCGGCCCUCGAAUGUUCGGUCGAGAAGCACGCUGGGUUUGCCGCCCAUCAUGCAGCCCGAGGCAUCAGUAGGUGGUAUGAGCAUUGUCUCGCUCCGCGAAGCGGUGGUCGAGGAAGCAAUCGUGGAAGAAGAGGCGGAGCAAGAACACUUCAGGCAAGAGGAAGGUGAAGAGGAGAAGGCAGAAAAGCCACGGUCACGGUGGACAUCAUGGAUGUUCGCGAAGUGGUACUAGUGUCCGCCCAACGACUUGCUUUCUGACGAAUCCCGUCACAUUGCUAUUCAUGUAGAAUUUACGGUUUAUGCUGGUUUAUGUCGUUACGCAUGGUCAUAUAAGUUUAUACCUUAUGUAGAUGAUACCCUUCUCAGCGUUACUAUACUACUUGCUAUGUUUGCACGUUCUAGCUAGGUACGCUCAUUAAUGGCUCGCAUGUCCACUCUACGUCCGUUUUCCCCGUUGAUCCGCAUGUAUAUUUGUGUACCAACAUGUCGCACGAGUUUUCACACUGAACGACCGCCGUGCUAAGGCAUACCGUGUUUAGAAGUCAGUACCUUUAGAUCCUAACACAUGCAAAUACGAGC